AUGGAGGAAGCCAGAGGCCGGCGCACUUCCUGCUUGUGCGUUGGUCAAUCGCCAUGUGGACAAGCAAAAUGUGAUGACCGUGGGAAUAUCGAAGGUCUGGAAAGCGACCUUACGGAACAGAACGGGAAAGACGAGGAGGAAAAAUUCAGCUGGUGGUUCAAGUUCAAGCAAGCCUCCGAGGUGACGCAAAAGCGGUUCAUGAUGCUGGGUAUUUCACGCCGUCAUCGCACAAUCAAAGAAACACAGCCUAAGUACAACAUCUUUCCGGGUGAGACACCAUGUCAACUCUGCUGA